AUGUUGCGGUGCUGGAUUUACGAGCACUUCCCUAGAAUCUUUAAGUGGGACGAUAGAGGAGCGGUUCUUGUACAUCUUCCAAGAGCAUGUAGGUGGACUACAAAACAUGUUGUUGAAGGCGGAUUGAUGACAUAUCGUCAGAGACUUGAUGCUUUGUUGCUCGAGGAUGUAGUGUUUACACCAUAUGAUGAUGAUCGAGCUAAUCAUCCGUUUGUAUCAAUUUCGAUGUUCUCUAGAUAUCUUCGAUGUGAUGGAGUCUCAGUCCCAUAUUUGCCAGAGCGAUGUCUUCGACAGUUUUGUUGUAUUCAGUGCAUCCCGCGUGACGUUCCUCUGAUGUCGAACAUUAUAGAUUUGGUGUGGCAGACUACUAUGAGAUCAUCUGUAGCGGCCUUUCGGAGGCUAUAUCAUGUUGCGAAUUUUCCUAGAGAGGUCAUUGCAGACUACUAUGCAUGGUACAUAAGUGUUUCACAUCAUUUGGUCAUCCCUCCAUCUACUGUUGCACCUUCGAGUCCACCUAGUGUUGCUGCACAUGGUCCAUCAUCUUCUGUACAUGUUGGUCCAUCAUCGGCACGAGACCGUAGAGCAGCUGGACUUGUACGUAGGACCAUAACUUUGGUAGCUCCAUUUAGUGAAGUUCAUGAGAUAUUAAGUGAGCUAAGCCACUUGUACGACGAUUAG